UAGUCGGACUCGUUAGUCAGUGGAGCAGAUUCUUUGACAUUGCAGGAGAGGAGGGGAACCGCUUAUAAAAGCUGUAACACGCGCAGCGGAGGGAGCUGCUGAUUACCACCAUCACCACCGCGCCGCCGCCGCCGCUGAAAGAGUGCAGUUAAUAUUACAUUCUGACUUCUGGCGGAAUUAUGUACCGACGCCCUUUACAGUCCGCCCUGCGCAGCGCGUUCAGCAGCCGGACCGCUCUGGGGCAGGUCCCAGAGCAAGGUCCUUGCUUAAGUAAGGCAUCUUGUCGUGUACUGGGAGCAAAAGCUCCUUCUCAGGCACAAAAUCGAGCUCUUCAUGGCACAAGAGAGCUCUGUAAUGUAAAACAGACCCCUCAGGCUUCAGAGGAGGAGGUAGGAGCUUUCACCAAACUCAUUGAGGCCAUGGGCUUCACUGGAGCCCUCAAAUACAACAAAUGGAAAAUUAAGAUAGCAGCUCUGCGUAUGUACACAUGCUGUGUUGAGAGAAUCAACUAUGACGAAUUUUUUGAAAAAUGUACUCUCCCUGACACACUCAACUCCUGGUUUUUGGUGGCACAAAUCCAUGUUUGGAUGUGUUUGGUACGGAUGCGUCAGGAAGGCAGAGAAGGGAAGUACAUGUGUCGGUACAUUGUCCAUUCCAUGUGGGAAGAUGUGGAACAGAGGAGCAAGAUCAUGGGGAUUGAUGCCUUUCACAGAAAAGAGAGUAUGAAAGCAAUGACUGAGACAUUCUACGCUGCUAUUUUUGGAUAUGAUGAGGGAAUCCUGUCUGAUGACUGUGUUCUUGCUGCCGCUCUGUGGAGGAAUCUCUUCAACAGACAGUGUGAAGACCCCAGACAGCUUGAGCUCAUGGUAGAAUAUGUCCGCAAACAGAUGCAGUUCAUUGAUGCUCUGGAUGGUGAGGAUCUGCUCUUGACUGGUGAGGUUAAAUGGCGGCCUCUGGUGGAGGAGAACGCACAGAGCAUUCUGAAAGUGGCCACUCCAACCUACAAUGACGCAGGCCUAUAAAUCCUGACUCAUCAUCCCCACAAUACACCUUAUGCCACCAUCAGCCAGCCAGGACCUGCUAGUGAUCCCUCUCUCUCUCUCUCUCUCUCUCUCUCUCUCUCUCUCUCUUUUUUCCAUAUAUCUUCUGCAACCCAUGUGUGUGAUAGGAGUGUGCGCACACACACACACACACACACUCACACUCACUUAUGUAGACUUGACCUCACCCAAAAUUGGGAGUAUAGAGUCAGUCAGGGUUUUGUGCUCUCUUUUUUUAUAGAUCUACAGUAGAUUUCUGUAUUUAUAAGUGUCUGUCUUUUGGAAGUGCUGCUGUUGUAUUUAUAAGCGUAUUACUCUUAUACUUUCUGCAUCACUGACUGCGCCGUGUCUCUGCACUCUCAGUGGGUCAGGGGAAGUAUGUGUGUGUUUCGUAGGGUAUUUGCUCUGUAUGGAAUAUAGAGGCUCUUUAUUUUAAGAAUUAUGAAUAAAGAUAUUUCUCUGGAA